UCGAUCGAAAAACAAAAAGCUCCAUACAAGAACGUGCUGAAAACGAGUGUAGGUUAAUCAAGUGCACAAUAUGUACAUGUAGAAUUGAUCCGAAAUUGAAUAGUGCGGUUAUUGUUGUGGCCCUCGUCUGUUCCAAGCUUGCACAGCUGCACGCAAUAAUGGUUGGCCCAAGACUGCAGUGAUGUCGUGCGGAUCUCUAUUCGGUCAAUUACUGCAAAACACAGUCCUAUCCAGACCCAGGUCCGCUCAAUCCUAGCCUACUACGUACAGAGUUAUCGAAAUUCUUUACAUCGGUUGACCGAACAACCCAACCGUUGAAGUGGGCCAACCGAUGCAAAAGUGAAACACUUAGAUGCGUGCGUGUGUGUGUUUAUGUUUUAAUCAGUGAGUGCAAAUAGUACGACAUAGCUCAAGAUGUCCGUGGUUCGAACGAAGGUCCUCGGCCUGGUGGACGUAAUUAUGCGCGUUCCCAGCCUGUUCAUUAUCGAUGAAAUCCUCAAAAUGGGUAUGGGCGUGCCGAUGGCCCAACACGCAGGCCAGCUGCCGAACAGUACCGCCAUCAAUCUGGAGCCACCCGUAGCCGCAAUGCUGCCGGAAGACGAUCGAGGCAUGCAGGACAGCAUCGAGGUGUACAAAUUCAUCUCGUUCGCAGUGUUCAAGUUUCUCUUCUGUCUAUUCGGUGCCAUCAGUGCAGCUUGUGUAUUCAUGCUAUGGACGAGGCAUUUAGUCAUCGUGUACAUGUACAUCGUAUCCGUGGGAUUGAUCUUCCUGUCCUAUUGGAGCAAUGUUUCCGCCCUGUCGGUAAUAUCUGAUAGUCCGAGUUUACUGGAGGAUGUCCUGUCGCUCAAUAUGGAACGCUUGCUCGAUCCUGGAGGUGUUCUGAUCUCAAUACUGCCACACCUACUUGCCCAAUGGUUGAUGGGUGUCAUCUUCGCCUAUAUUCAUUUGGGGCCACGGCACAAAAUCAUUCAAAAGGCGCUGCCGUUCAGUUUCCUCAUGCCACUGCUGCUUGCGAUGUUGCCACUGCCGACGAUAGUCCUUAAACAUUCCCCCGCUUUUGCCGCCAUCUUGCCGCUUGUGCUGUCCAAAAUCGCACUCUGGAGCUCCUCGUUUGAUGUAGUGAAAACGAUCCUCAGUGGCUAUCAGCAUGCCCGCAACUUUGCCAGCAACUUCGGCAUUGCGACACUGAUCGAGAACGAAUGGCAACGGUUGAACGUACCUUGCGUGUUGCGCGUGUUUUGGACCAUCCGGCUACUGGAGCAUCUAAUCAGCUUGCUAAUGUCGUCCGAGGCGCCACUGCGCUUUGCUGCCACGGUGCAGAGCGUGCUGGUCAGUGGGUGCGAAACGCUGACAGCCGUUCUCGGCAUGACCAGCAUAAUUUCACUGAUAUGUCACUAUAUAGGCAAGAUGUUUCAGCUAUUUCUGCUUUCGGAGGAUUACGAUGAGGAUAAAUCGAUCGGUACAGUGUCGGCGAUACUUUUCUACAUUUUGGCCCUCCAAACUGGGCUCACUUCGUUGUCACCGGACAAACGCAUUAUUCGAUUGUGUCGCAAUAUGUGCCUGCUGGUGACGGCUUUAUUGCACUUUUUGCACAACAUUGUUGCACCCAUACUAAUGUCACUGAGUGCUGCCCGCAAUCCGUCACGCAAGCGUCACGCACGGGCAUUAAUAGUGUGUGCUUUCCUUCUUAUUGCGCCCGGAUCAUUGCUGGCCGUACUCUGGGCGAGUCACUCACCCUCCACAUGGUUGUUGGCCGUGACAGCUUUCUCAGUAGAAGUGAUUGUGAAGGUUCUCGUUAGUUUGGCAACGUACACGCUCUUCCUGCUAGAUGCAAGGCGACAAACAUUCUGGGAGAAGCUGGAUGAUUACGUUUACUACAUACGAGCGUUUGGAAAUUCAGUAGAAUUCUGCUUCGGAAUAUUCCUGUUUUUCAACGGAGCCUGGAUAUUGAUUUUCGAAUCCGAAAUGAUUCCUAUAGGCGGUGCCAUACGCGCACUAAUGAUGGGUAUCCAUGCGUACUUCAACAUCUGGUGCGAGGCUCGUGCUGGUUGGGUAGUGUUUAUGAAGCGUCGGACAGCGGUGCACAAAAUUUCCUCCCUACCGGAAGCGACCACCGUUCAACUGCACCAAUUUGAUGACGUAUGCGCUAUUUGUUACCAGGAUAUGACAUCGGCGAAGAUCACGCGAUGCAAUCACUACUUCCAUGGUGUUUGUCUGCGGAAGUGGUUGUACGUGCAGGAUCGUUGUCCACUCUGUCACGAGAUCAUCAUGAACCAGGAUGGCAAUGGUGGAGAUGACAGUACAGAGGUACCAACGAACAACAUGGAUAAUGCAAGAGCCCAAGCGCGUGUUGGUGGCAGACCGGGGAAUGAAACCACUAACCGGCAACAAAGUGUUGCACAAGACAGUAGCCUACACAGUUCCGACCAGACAGAUGCGCUCAAUCAACCGUUGUUCGACGAUACGUUCUUGGAAGAACAAAUAACCAAUCACAUUCGAGCUAGUGCCAGUAGAUCAUUAGGUGAAGAUACAAUCGAUGUACACGAUGCACAACAAAUGGAAGGGUCGAGAAGAUCCACUCUCCAGGAACCAAGCGCUGACGGGCAGAGGGGUAGCCAUGAACAUCGAUUCGUCCGAUUACUCGGUGGCAUUUCGAAUGUUCAUGGAACAGAUGCAUCGGAAUUGGGACAAUCCGAUAGCGGUUUGCUAACGCCACUGUCAGAGAAUGGCGUUGGGUUUGUCGCAACCGAUGGCAUACAUCCAAGCGAAAGUGGGAGCAGCUACGCUAGCACAUCGGAAAGCAUCAGCAGCAUCACGGAAGAUACCGGUGGUAGCAGUACCAGCAGUGGCAGCAGCGCCGGAAGUGGCACCUUGUCAACACUGUCAAACAGCUCACUGGUGUCGGCUGCUGCUAUUUCGUUUAACCUACGGAGGCAUCACGUUCUUUUACAGCAGCAGCAGCAGCAACAGCAGCAGUUGCAACAGCCAAACGCACCAAGAGAAUAACAACCAAAACAUGAUAAUGACACACACGUGGCAUAAAUCAUCGGUGGGAAGAGAGCGAGCAAUUUGGUCGCACGCACGCACAAAUUGCGGGAACAUACGAAACGAAAUAUUGUCUCGUCCAACAUCCCCGGUUGAGGAUUGUUUGAACCGGUCAUGUCGAUCCUAAAGUAUUGGUAAGGCAACAUAAUGCAAUGAACACGAUGACUAUCCGUGAUGCAAAUUGAAGGACUGAACGAAAAAAAGACAGUGUAAAGACACUUAGCGGGUAAGCGCGGUUGUGUGUACAGUUCUAGUAAUUGAUGGUUACGAAGCAGAAAACGUCUAGCGUGUAUAUUUAUAUUAACUUGUUUAUAUAGAACCGGAAAAAUGAGGGCUUAAAAUUCGUGGUGAACCGGAAACAAGAUUGUAACUGAGUCAUUGCAUUGAUAGUCUUUCUUGGCGCACCUGGGAAAGGGGAUGUAUUGGAUGAUUCACUUUAAGGAAGAAAAAGAAACAGGAACUGCUGCUUCUUAAUAAGCUGUGAAAAAUGAAACGCGAACAGAACACAGGGAUUGUUAGGUGUGCUGGAGGAGCUUAGUCCCGCACAUAUGCAAAUACCAAAUGACCGACAAAAUUGGCAAACAACAAAGCAUCUAUUUUUACAUCCGCUUCAUCUACUGUGGCGAAUAUCUAACUUGUUCACACUUAUCGUUGUGUAUCGAGUUCUAUGCUAAAUGAAAGUUUUGGAUUUGUUUUUUUUUUUUGUACCUUUUCACUUCCUCCACCCAGAAGUAAAUCGUAACAUAAUUGCACAUUGUCUCGAAUCGAGCACAAAUAACGGGCGAGACACCGGUUGGGUGUGAAUGAUCGCGACCGAUACACUAUCGACGGCAUUGGCUAAUUUACGUUCCGUUGUUUCAUUGCCGUCCAAUGUGGUAGAGGAACGAGUUGUAUCCUCUCUCUUAGCUACGGUACUUCGUCCUAAUAAUCGUAUCGAAAGUGGAAUACCAUUCAGGUUCGGGAAGCAGAUGAGUUAAAAAUGUACGGAUCGCAAAUAGAAGGGGUGGGAUUGGAAAUUAAAAUGAUCAAUUAACCGAUUGCUCGUCGUUUAAUCGCUAUUGCAUAAUACGGUACACAAUACGCCCUCCCUCUCUCUCUCUCUUUCUCUCUCUCUGCAAUCAGGUAUAAUGCCGGGGAUACAGAUAGCAUUGCACAAAAGCUGUAAACUUACUUCCUGCAACAAAACGAUGGCGAUGGCGUGUAUUGCAUGAAAAAAUCAACGCUUUUGCACAAAGAUACAGGUGUUUUUUUUAUGUUAUAUUUUAUAUUCCGCGUGGAUUAAUGUGUUAUCGCUACUGCUGCGAUAAGGCGAUGUUUUCAUGUUGUUGUGUGGAGCGAGCAUUUUGCAAAAAUGUUAUUUCCGCGUUGCGUUUGGUCGCCAACAUUUUUUAACACCUUUUAACUAUCAGCAGUGUGUUUUCAAUUUCUAUUCUUUCGAAAAGCAAUUCUGGGCAUAUGUAUAUAUAAUAGUUGUGGUCUUGCAAAAGAUAACCAAAAAAAAAUGACCAGACAUAAAAUCAUAAAUUCAGCUGUGAGAUAAUAAACAAAAUAGUAAAACUGU